GUACAACAAAUGUGAACAUGCAUUUUUUAACUUGUGCUACAGUACCGCAUAAUUACUACAGUACCACGGCCUUUACACUGCUGCUACAAUACCACCGCCGCCGCUAUAGUACUGCUAUAGUGAAACACGAAAAUUUUGCCUAUAAAUAGGCUUAAGUUGAAAGGUGAAUGCAAGCCAAAAAUUCAAGAAUUUUAGUGAUUUUGUGAGAUAAAAAGGAGAGUUUUGUAAGGUGCUUUCUUCUUGUCUUUGAGAGAGUAUAAUUUUUUUCUCUUUAAAGUAGAGAGGUUGUAUUCCCUUUUUAUUUCUCAUAAUGAAAUUCUUUUUAUACCUGCUUAUGGACGUAGCCAAAUAGGUGAACUACGCAAAUUUUCGUGUGCCUCGUUUUCACUAUUAUUUACUCCUAGUUUAACCGCAUGUUGUCGCUUUCGCAAAGAAGCUCAAAUCCCAACACUAUCAAGUUUAUGAUACACAAAUAAAGCUUGAAACCAGCUUCUUUUCUUCUUCAUUUUCUCUUUCAUUUCUUCUCAGAUCGAUGGAGUUCGGAAGUGUCACUAAAUAUCUUCAAGACAAGACCAUAUUGGUCAUUGGUGCAACUGGCUUUCUAGCAAAAAUUUUCAUUGAGAAGAUAUUGAGAACUCAGCCAAACGUGAAGAAGCUUUAUCUACUUUUAAGAGCUGGAGACACUAAAUCUGCAACUCAAAGAUUGCAUAAUGAGAUCAUAAGGACAGAAUUGUUUAGUAUUCUUCGAGAAAGAUACAAUUCGAAUUUUGAUGAUUUUAUAUCGGCUAAGGUGACAAUGGUACCUGGUGAUACCUCUUCCCUGGAUUUGGGAGUGAAAGAUUUCAACUUAAGAAAAGAAAUGUGGAGAGAAAUUGAUAUUGUAGUAAAUCUUGCUGCCGUGACUAUCUUUGAUGAAAGGUAUGAUGUUGCUUUGAGCACCAAUACUCUUGGAGCUUUAAAUGCUAUGAACUUUGCAAAGAAAUGUGAUAGAAUAGAGAUGUUCCUCCAUACCUCAACCGCUUAUGUGUGCGGUGAAAAGGAAGGAAUUAUAGUAGAGAAAUCAUAUCAUAUGGGUGAACCUCCCAACGGAAUGUAUGAGUUAAAUAUUGAUAAGGAGAUGAAAAUUGUGAAGGAAAAAUUAAACCAACUUCGAUUGCAAAAUGCCACAGAAGAAGCAAUUACAUUAGCAAUGAAGAAUUUUGGCAUCAAAAGGGCAAGAUUGUAUGGAUGGCCAAACACUUACGUAUUUACAAAGGCAAUGGGAGAGAUGCUUUUAAGACACUUCAAAGCAGAUCUGCCCCUUGUCCUUAUAAGGCCGACCAUGGUGACCAGUACUUACAAAGAGCCAUUCCCUGGUUGGAUUGAAGGCUUGAGAAAUGUGAAUCCUAUCAUUCUAGCUCAAGGCAAGGGAAAAAUGUCAUAUUUUCUUGGCAAUCCUAACACUGUACUUGAUUUGAUACCAGCAGACAUGGUUAUUAAUGCAAUGAUUGUGGCGAUGAUGGCUCACACAAAUCAGUCUUGCGAGAUCGUUUACCACAUUGGCUCCUCGCUUAGAAACCCUCUGAAAUUCUUGAAUGUUAACGAUUAUUCCUUUCGUUAUUUCGUGAAAAAUCCUUUGAUCGAUAUGAAGGGAAACCUAAUAGAAGUUGGAGAAACAACAUUGUUGAGCAGCAUGAAUGAGUUCCUCCUACAUAUGGCCUUUCACUAUGUGCUAUCUCAAAAGGGACGAUAUUUGAAUUAUGGAGAAGCUUUUACAGAUUUUGCUCAUAAAACGAACUCAUUGAUAAGAAUGGCAGAACUUUAUGAACAUUUUGCGUUCUUUAGUGGCAUAUUCGAUGAUAGAAAUGCAGAAAACUUGCAGAUUGCCGCAAGAGAGUGCGUUGUUGAUGUGAAUGCAUUUAACUUUGAUCCCAAGUGCAUUGAUUGGGAAGAUUACGUUAUGAACAUCAUCAUUCCCGGCCUCCUAAGGCACGUCGUAAAACGUAGCAAUACCUAUGUUUCUAUGCUUUGAUCCAAAGCAAAUUUGAGUUUGUUCCUUAUAUACCAUGUAUAUUAGCUAUAACAUACAUAAUAUGUUCUGUUAAUCUAAU